CAGUUUUUUCUUCUUUUCUUUUUUUGUAACAUGAGCUUAAUCAAACCAAGUGAGUACAAUCUCACAGCAGCUGUCUAAACAGUUACUAUAGUCUUUGGCAAGAAUUUCCCUGAUUAAUUUGUAGUCUCUUAGUUCAGCCUAUCUAGCUCGGGUCUUUGCUGGAUGUUGUGGAGACAGCAGCGUCCUCUCGUGCUCUGCUGUUUCAACAGACCCUGUGAAUUUAACUCAGUAAAGUAAACAGUGCAGGGCUGCACAGUAAAAAGGACUGGAACAAAACCCAAGCAUAUUUUCUCAGGAAGAAGUGACGACUGUAGCUCAAAAAGGAUCAUUCCAAGCUGCAAAAGCAGCCUGUAUCUUCCUGCCAAAUACUGGCUGAGAAUCUGUGGAAACUGAAUACAUUCAGGAAAACUGGCAUGUUAGUACAGUUUCCAGGACUCCUGAUAAGUAGAACCUGCUUUUCAUAUACAUACAGUAUUGCAUUCAUGUUAAACUGCAAAGGGUCGAUCUAACAUUUGGGAUGGGAUCACAUCUGCGGCAAUCUCUCUUCCAGUGUACCACACUGACUUUUUUACUUACAGUUGCUGCCUUCUUGGAUGAAACUACAGAGAAAGUAGCUAAAUCAGAUGGAUUUUGCCACCGGAUAUUAAGAACACAGGGCCUCAGAAGAGAGGGUUUUAAUGAAUUUAGUCUGCGAGUUGAGGGAGAUUCACCAUUUUACAAACCUGGGAACAGUUAUAGAGUGACUCUCUCAACCACCAGCCCAUCCUAUUUCCGUGGAUUUACACUUAUCGCUCUGAAGGAGAACAAAGAAGGUGACAAAGAAGAGGAUUAUGCUGGCAACUUUCAGAUUCUAGAUGACGAAGAUGCACAAUUUAUGACAAAUUGCCCCCCUGCAGUCACUGAGAGCACACCAAGAAGAAGGACACGAAUACAGGUGAUGUGGACAGCGCCAGCAGCUGGCACGGGCUGUGUGAUCCUUAAAGCAAGUAUUGUGCAGCGAAGAAUAAUACACUUCCAAGAUGAGGGGUCCCUUACCAAAAAACUGUGUGAGAAAGACAGUGAAGGUGAUGGAGUAACAGAGAGACCAAUUAUGGACUGCUGUGCUUGUGGGACAGCCAAAUACAGAUUAACCUUCUAUGGAAACUGGUCUGAGAAAACCCAUCCUAAGGAUUAUCCAAGACGUGCAAACCACUGGUCUGCAAUCAUUGGUGGGUCUCAUACAAAGAAUUAUGUACUUUGGGAAUACGGAGGAUAUGCUAGUGAAGGAGUAAAACAAGUGUCAGAGUUUGGUUCGCCUGUUAAAAUGGAGGAAGAAAUUCGGCAAAAGAGUGAUGAGGUUCUAACUGUUAUCAAGGCAAAAGCACAAUGGCCUGCAUGGCAACCUCUGAAUGUGAGAGCUCCUCCAUCUGCAGAAUUUUCUGUGGACAAAGCACGUCAUCUAAUGUCAUUUUUGGCAAUGUUGGGUCCCAGCCCAGACUGGAAUGUUGGACUUUCUGCUGAAGACUUAUGCACAAAAGACUGCGGAUGGGUUCAAAAGGUAGUUCAAGACAUGAUUCCCUGGGAUGCCGGCACUGAUAGCGGCGUAACUUACGAGGCACCUAACAAACAAACCAUACCUCAAGAAAAAAUUCGACCAUUAACAAGCUUGGACCACCCUCAGAGUCCCUUCUAUGAUCCUGAAGGAGGACCUAUUAUACCUGUCGCAAGAGUUGUCCUUGAAAGAAUAGCUAGAAAGGGAGAGCAGUGCAACAUUAUACCUGAUAACGUUGAUGACAUUGUGGCAGACCUUACACUUGAAGAAAAAGAAGAAGAUGACACUCCAGAAACGUGCAUAUACUCUAACUGGUCUCCAUGGUCUGCAUGUAGCUCGUCCACCUGUGAUAAAGGCAAGAGGAUGAGGCAAAGAAUGCUGAAGGCCCAGCUCGACUUAAGUGUGCCCUGCCCCCACACACAGGAUUUUGAACCGUGCAUGGGACCAAGCUGUCACAUUGAAGAUGCAUCUACAUGUAUGAUGUCAGAAUGGAUCAGCUGGUCUCCCUGUAGUGUGUCCUGUGGAAUGGGUAUGAGAUCCAGGGAGAGGUAUGUAAAACAGUUCCCUGAAGAUGGCUCCUUGUGUCAGCUUCCUACAGAAGAAAAUGAGAAGUGCACUGUAAAUGAGGACUGCUCUCCUAGCAGUUGCAUCGUAUCAGAGUGGGGAGAGUGGGAACGGUGCAGUGCCUCAUGCGGGAUGGGCAUGAAGAAACGACAGCGAAUCAUUAUGAUGAGUCCAGCAGAUGGAUCCAUGUGCAAGACUGAGACUGCAGAGGUAGACAAAUGCAGCAUGCCAGAAUGCCAUACAAUUCCUUGCAUGUUAACUCCAUGGACAGAGUGGAGUGACUGCAGUGUAACAUGUGGAAAAGGAAUGAGAACCAGGCGGAGAAUGUUGAAAUCUUCAGCUGAUCUAGGAGACUGCAAUGAGGAACUGGAUCAGACAGAGAAAUGCAUGCUCCCAGAAUGCCCCAUGGACUGCCAGGUAACUGAAUGGUCGCAGUGGUCAGAGUGCAACAAGUCAUGUGGAAAAGGUCAUGUGAUACGCACAAGAAUGAUUAAAAUGGAGCCACAAUUUGGUGGAGCUCCAUGUCCAGAAACUGUGCAGCGCAAAAAAUGCAAACUUAGGAAAUGUUCCAGAGAUACAGGGAAGAGAAGGCGUAAAGAAGCGCUUGAGAAAAGGAGAAGUGAACAAGCAAAGGAAGAUGGUGAUGCUGAAGGUGAAGGUGAACAGUAUCCAGGGUGCAAAAUGAGGCCGUGGACUGUGUGGACCGAAUGCAGCAAAUCCUGCGGUGGUGGAACACAGGAAAGAUAUAUGACAGUGAAGAAGAGGUUUAGAAAUUCUGAAUUUACCAGCUGCAAGGACAAAAAGGAGAUUCGAGCUUGCAAUGUCAACUCUUGCUAAGAUGAGUCAAGCUGCAAAGUGCUUUACUUUUCUGAGGGCUGUGGAAUAGAAAGUCAACCUUAUUUUGAUCAGAACUAACAUUGGUUACCAGACACUUGCAAUGUUUUUUUUUGUUUUGUUUUUUUGCUUCUCAGUAAUGCUGAAACCAAAUGCAUUCUAAGCCAAUGGCUGUAUUACUAUACACUGAAGUUUUGUAUCAUAUACAUGUUUUAUUUAUGCUGCAACUGUUUAGAACUCAAGGCACCGUA